CGGCGAUCCAUUUGUCUUCAACAGCAAGCUGCCAAUGCCCGUCGUCAUCACAGGAGAGCACAAAGGAGACUACGUGCAGUUUACCUAUGGGACUUUCAGUUGGGCGUCGAAUGACGAGACUCGCUGCUCACAGGGUGGAUGGGAUCCCAGGGGAUCUGGGGACACAUGCGGCAUCUUUGGUGAUAAGAGUCGGAGAAUACGGCGGAUUGAUUGCACGUUCCCAUGUUGAGAUCAGAUUCUACAAGUCAGCAGGAAGUUUCAUAUAUUCACAAAGAACGCAUCGCAAUUUCACUUUUUCUCUUGUUCA